AAACAGUGGGAGGAGAGAGGGGGCGAGAAAGAGAGAGACUGGGAAGAGUGGUACACACGUACUGUCGCCACGGUCGUUGUAAGUAGAACUCUACGAGAGAACGUCCGGACUGGAAAAGUGGGCUACAUUCUGAAAGGGUAUUUUUGACCACCGUAACAAGAUGUGUACUCCGUGCUGUAUAGGGCAGCUGGCGUGCUGCUGUGGCUCGGCAGCCUGCUCCUGUUGUUGUGGCUGCUGUCCUAAAAUCAAGCAGUCCACAUCAACACGCUUCAUGUACGCCCUCUACUUCCUCCUCGUCACCGUCAUCUGUGUCGUCAUGAUGUCACCCACCGUGGAGCAAGAGAUGAGGGACCACAUCCCAUUCUACAGUGACCUGUGUGAGAAGCUGAAGGCUGGGGAGAACUGCUCGAUCUUGGUGGGUUAUUCUGCUGUGUAUAAGGUCUGCUUCGGCAUGGCCUGCUUCUUCUUCUUCUUCUGUAUCUUCACCCUACGAGUCAACUCUGCCACCGGCUGCCGCGCCGCCAUACACAACGGGUUUUGGUUCCCAAAGUGUAUAGUGUUGUUGGCCUGCUGUGUUGGAGGAUUCUUCCUGCCAGAGCAGGACACCUUUCUGGAAGUGUGGAGGUAUGUGGGAGCUGUAGGGGGGUUUCUCUUCCUGCUGAUCCAGCUCAUGUUGCUGGUGGAGUUUGCUCACAGAUGGAACACUAACUGGAGUUCAGGUGUGAAGGACAACCGUCUGUGGUAUGGAGCGCUGGCUCUGGUCACCUUGGUCUUGUUCAGUGUGGCCGUAGGAGCUAUGGUGUUCAUGGCUCUGUUUUACACACACUCUCAGGCCUGUCUGCUCAACAAAGUGUUCCUGGGGGUCAACGGCAGCCUCUGUCUCAUAGUUACUUUGCUGGCUAUAUCUCCCUUCAUACAGAGACGUGAGUACACACACAAACACACACAGGGACACACACACACAUACGGUAACAGUCCAUCUGUUCUCCAUCCAGUCCAGCCUAAGUCUGGCCUGCUCCAGCCAGGAGUGAUCAGUGUGUACGUCAUGUACCUCACCUUCUCAGCCUUCUCCAGCAAGCCCAAAGAGAUGUUGGAGGUUAAUGGGGUGAAUACGACAGUGUGUGUGUUCCCUUUCAACUCUGGAUCAGAGAGCGACAAGAGGAUUGUAACAGGAGUUGGAACUGUCAUCCUGUUCGGCUGUGUGCUCUACUCUUGUUUGACGUCCACCACCAGACGGAGCUCUGCAGCAAUGCGUGUGAUUAGGAACAGCGUGCCUGAAACUGAGAGAGCUCGCUGCUGUUUCUGCUUUGGAGAUGACACAGAUGACUAUGAUGAGGAGCAGACUGGAGGAGGACAAAACGUUUUAUAUGAUGAGAAACAGGGAACCAUCUACAGCUACACCUACUUCCACUUUGUCUUCUUCCUGGGUUCACUCUACGUCAUGAUGACUGUCACCAACUGGUUCCACUAUGACAACCAUAAGAUAGAGAAGCUGCUAGAUGGCAGUUGGUCUGUGUUCUGGAUCAAGAUGGCGUCCUGCUGGGUCUGUCUCAUCCUCUACAUGUGGACCCUGCUCGCCCCAAUGGUCUGCCCUAAACGCUUUGAGGCCUAACACACACACACACACUGAAACACAGCCCAACACUACUUUCAGCUUUCUACAUGGGUUUUUUGUGUUGCCUUUUGUUUUUAAUAUUUAACUGUUUUUUAUUGACUUUUUUUACCAGUUAUGAAUACUUUACAUGGUUAAGCUAUUUUUGCCUUGAAGGCAGUUGAUGUCUUUCUUUUUUACUACCAUUGAUGUAUGGAGUUACAUUCAGGGUUGGACUCAUAGACUGACUCUUGGGGCUGCCUAAAACAAUGGGCUGGACCAAUGUUCAUACAAUACUGUGUGUGGCUCCCCAUGGCCAUAGUGGUACCCUGAUUCUGUUAUGGGAGUGUCCAGCACCAAUGUCAUCUGUUAUGGGAGUGUCCAGCACCAAUGUCAUCUGUUAUGGGAGUGUCCAGCACCAAUGUCAUUUGAACCCUGUUUACAUGUUUGCUUACAUGUGUGUUUUCCAUACUUGUCUCUGUUUUCCCGUGAUGGACCCAGACCUCCAUAUUGUUAUUUUAUUCCCAUGAAAAGAAGUUCCAUUUCUCAGGCUCAUAUAUCAGCUGGAAGUGUCUUGCUUGCUUGUUAUUGAACCCUUUUGUAGAAAACGUUUUCUAUGCAAUUAAACAAGCUGUUUUGAUUUGA